GUCUUUGUCCUGCACUAAUUCGUAUUAGAAAUUCCCUUGUAUUGUUAUUUGUCUUUGUAAAAGAAAAAUAAAAUAGAGUCCCUAACGUACCAGCACUAGCCUAGCAGAAUGAAGAAGAAGGUACUCCUGAUGGGCAAAAGUGGCUCUGGAAAGACCAGCAUGCGCUCCAUUAUAUUUGCCAAUUACAUUGCCCGGGACACAACACGCCUUGGAGCAACAAUUGAUGUCGAGCAUUCACAUGUCCGCUUUUUGGGCAAUCUGGUAUUAAAUCUAUGGGAUUGCGGUGGCCAGGAAGGAUUUAUGAAACAAUAUUUUGGACAGCAACGCGACAAUAUCUUUCGCAAUGUUGAAGUUCUUAUCUAUGUCUUCGAUGUGGAGAGCCAGGAAAUGGAACGUGAUAUACAUUAUUAUCAAAGUUGCCUGGAGGCAUUGCUCCAGAACUCGCAGGAUGCGAAAAUCUUUUGUCUGGUGCACAAAAUGGAUCUGGUGCCGGAAGAGCAUCGUGAUAAUGUGUUCAAGCAACGAGAAAAUGAUCUCAUAAGUCUAUCCAAACCGGCUGGUGUUACAUGCUUUCGUACUAGCAUCUGGGAUGAGACACUAUACAAAGCCUGGUCUUCCAUUGUCACCAUGCUGAUACCCAAUGUAGCCGCUUUAGAGAAUUCGGUAACACACUUUGCCAAUGUGAUUGAGGCCGAUGAGGUCUUGCUUUUCGAAAAGGCCACCUUUCUGGUCAUCUCUCAUUGCCAGAGCAAAAAGAAUCGGGACUCGCAUCGCUUCGAAAAGGUGUCCAACAUUAUUAAACAAUUCAAAUUGAGCUGUUCCAAACUCGGUGCUAAAUUCCAGUCCACCGAGGUGCGCAAUAGUGCAUUUGCCGCCUUCAUUGAUACCUUUACUAGCAAUACCUAUGUAAUGGUUGUCAUGUCCGAUCCCACUUUGCCCUCGGAGGCAACUUUGGUUAACAUUCGGAAUGCCCGUAAAUAUUUCGAGGAAUUGGAGAAUCCAAAUCAUAAUCACAAGUAUCAAUAUUGAAAUUGUUUACCGUUAUGCCACAUUUCCUUUUUUCAAUAUAUUCUUUUAUCCUC